UAUUCUAAAACCUAUUAUUCUGAGUGGAGCCGCCCCCGCCCCCUCAACUUUCUCUCAUUUUACUCUGUGAAUGAAAGCCUUGCUGUGUCCGAACCAAUCCUGUCCAGCAGCAGAUCAAACCCACUGAGAAACAUGCUGCUGUUCCCUUUGCACAAAGUAAUCUCGGCAGCAAAACUCUAUGGAGAGAACACAAAACUGUUGGAGUAAAAUACAUGGCAAUUAUAGGAUUUGGAAAAGCAAAGUUGAUGAGUCACAACAGUCAGGAUUACGAACUGAGGAGACUGAGCAAUCCCUAUGGACACAAGGUUUUCCAUUUGGAGAAGUUAUAUGGAGUAAGGUUACAGGACCUUAUCUUUUUAUGCCACAUUCGUUUUGCUUUGAACAGGAUUUUUCCCCUCCAAGCUGAGUUUGUAAUCACAUCAAAUAAAUGGGUACUUAAGAGAUAAACUUUAUAAUGGAAACCACCCGACACCUAAGAAAAGUCAUGCUUUUAUUACUGCUUCUUAUGGUGUUUAAUAUGGUGGUCUCUCAUGAAAGAAAUCCAGGGAUUCUGAGGGCGGAAAGCGAAUUUUCUGGUAUUGUUGACGAGCAACACAAGCCUCCCUCCUGGUAUAAUACAUCUGUUGAUGCAGAGCUGAAGCAUGGGGCAGUCAGCUCACUCGCUCAUAGCAGAUGGCAAACACAGAUGGCUUUCUCACAAACUGUUUAUUCAUUUCAAGUAAAAGAAGACACCGUGCCAGGAACAGUUGUGGGAAAGGUGGAAGCGCAGAUGGACAGUCCCACGCCUAUCACAUACACAGUUCAAGAGGACGAUGGGGAGAACAUGUUUCUCCUCAACCCCGUCUCAGGGGAGUUCCUAUUAUCCCGCAGCCUGGACUUUGAAGCACAAAGGUUCUACAUUCUCACCAUAGAGGUGCAGCAGGGGCACUCGCAGGUAUCCAGUGUCAGAGUCUACUUUAAUGUGCUGGAUGUCAAUGACAACCCUCCUGUUUUCAGUCAGAACAACUUUACUGCAUCGCUGCUGGAGGACACACGUCUCAAAACUUGCUUCCUGUCACUGAAUGUGUCAGACAAAGAUGAUGGUGAAAACGGAGAAGUGGAACUGACAGUUGUCAGCGGCGAUGAACUUGGCAUGUUCUUCAUACGCUCAACAGGUAGUUUAUGCCUGAACAAAGAGCUGGACAGAGAGACCGAGUCUUCCUAUAACUUGACUGUGACAGCAAAGGAUUGUGCACGACCAGCAUCUUCACAGUUCACCAGCACUGCUCGUGUAGUUGUGGAAGUGGAAGAUAUUAACGACAACGCUCCAUUUUUUGUUUCUGCCCAACAUGCUGGUAUACCAGAGGACUCUGCAUUGCAUUCUGUUGUUAUGACUCUACAUGCUGAGGAUGAAGACGCAGGAUCCAAUGCAAAGAUUUUGUAUUAUUUAAUCAACUCUUCUGGUGGGACAUUCAGCAUUGACAACACAACUGGAGAGGUGUUCCUGGAGGAGAUAUUAGACAGAGAAAAGGCAGACACUCUUACUAUUACAGUAACAGCCACUGAUAUGGGUUCACCCCGAAUAGCCACUGCAAUGAAUUUCACAGUGCAUGUUGAGGAUGUAAAUGAUAACGACCCCGUGUUUCCACACAGCAACUACAGUUUGUCUAUCAAAGAAGAUGUUCAGAGAGGGACAAGCCUGUUUCAUUUUGAAGCUCAGGAUCAAGAUAUUGGAUCAAACGGGCAAGUCCGGUACAGCCUGACACCAGCUGGUCCUUUCGUGGUUGACGCAGUUCGAGGCGUGCUGUUACUCCGGGAUCAACUUGACAGAGAAAGGGACUCAAACUACAGCUUGAUUUUAACUGCCGCCGAUCAAGGGGAUGUACCCAGAUCUGCGACUGUUACUAUCAGCAUUACAGUGUUGGACGUUAAUGACUUUACACCCCAGUUUUCUCCAGAACUCCUGAUCAUUCAUGUCAAAGAAAAUGAAAAGGAUCUGUCUCAGCUAACACAACAGGUGCUGCUGGACCUCUUGGAUUGUUGGGAAGACCUUCAGAAAUGGAAACUGAUUACAUAUGAAAGUGUAUUUAGCUACUUUGUCAACUCCAUUGCUGUUUCAGCUUUGGAUGAAGACUUGGGGAUCAACAGUCAGCUUAUUUAUUUUAUGCAAAAAGGAAACAGCGAUGGUCUGUUCUCUGUCACUCCCAACGGUGUGUUCAAGAUUUUACACAGCUUGGACAAGGAAAGAGAAUCAUUUUACACUGUCAUCAUAACAGCUGUUGAUUCAGGUUUUCCACCACUAACUGGCACUCUGACUAUCCAUAUCACUGUGGAUGACGUCAAUGAUAACCAUCCUGAGUUUUCAGAGGAAGUCUACAACACCAUAGUGUCUGAGGACAGUCCAAUAGGCACAGUGUUUGCAAUGAUAUCUGCAUUUGACCCUGAUGAGGGCAUGAGUGGUGAAGUAAGGUAUUUCAUGGAAAACCACAAUGCGCCAUUUGCUAUUGAGGAAACGUUCGGAGAACUGCUUACCACUGAUUUCUUGGACAGGGAGACUGUAGCCUUUUACACGCUGACAGUGAUUGGCACGGAUAUGCAUCCCACACAGCCGCUGUCAAGCUCUGUACUUGUUAAUGUCCUGGUUGGUGAUAUCAAUGAUCACUGGCCUCAGUUUCUGGACAGCCCCUUUGUGGCUUAUGUGCCCACAGAGUUUCCUCCAGGCUCAGUUGUUUGUGCAGUGAGAGCAAUCGAUGAAGACACUGACAUGAAUGCAGAGCUGCAAUACUCUUUAUAUGGACAAAGUUCAGACCUGUUUUUGAUUGAUCCGAACAGCGGCACAGUAUUCACUUCAAGCUUACUGCAGAGCACAGAUGAUAUUGUCAUCAACGUGUAUGUAGAAGACGCUGGAGAAAACCCAAAAUUUGACAUCACUACUAUCAGUAUCAGGUUUCACAACAUUUCUGACUUCCCAGAGAUGAAUGUGGAUGUUCUGAGUUAUUCUCUCUUUGAGGACGAGCCAGUGGGAACAGUAGUAGCUGUUAUUUCUGCAGCAAGCAUCAGAGCUGAACCUGUCUCUUUUUAUCUUCCUUCUGGAAACUUUGAAGAGAUGUUUCACCUAGACCAAUUAGGUGGAGCACUGACAGUUGAGAACCCACUGGAUUAUGAAAGCAAAAAGGAAUUUUCUUUGUUGAUAGAAGCCAGAGACUCUGGUUCGCCUCCAUUUUCAUCAUUUUUAGAAAUUCACAUAAACAUCACUGAUGUAAAUGAUAAUUUUCCCCAGUUUACCCAGACUGAAUACAGGUGUGAGGUUUAUGAAAAUUCCCCACCAUCUGGAGUUUGUGAUGUUCUUGCUCUCGAUGCGGAUUCUCCCAAUUACAGCACAGUAUGGUACAACAUAACAGAAGGAAAUAAUGAUGAGUUUUUUACACUUGACCCUGAAAAUGGUUUGGUAAGCACCAUUGUAAGUUUAGAUCGAGAAAGCAUUCCCUUUUUUAAUUUAACAGUUGAGGCUGCAGAACCUGACAACCCCCUUCAUACAGACCAAGCAACAGUAAUCAUUUCUGUUUUGGACAGGAAUGAUAAUGCACCUCGAUUCUCUCAGAUACAUCUUGCAGAGGUCUCUGAAAAUGCUCCGAUAGGGCACACAGUUCUGCAGAUAACCUCAACUGAUGAUGACGUUGAUUCUAAUGCAGUAAUUAAUUAUUACAUACCUGACCAAAAUCAGGAUCUCCCUUUUGACAUCGAAUCCACCACUGGCUGCAUCUUUAUUAGAAGGUCUCUGGACAGGGAGGCACAGGACCAUUAUGUCUUGAAAGUAAAUGCAAAUGAUUCAGCAUGGAGUGUUAGCACUGAUGUCAGUAUCUUUGUUUUAGAUUUCAAUGAUAACCGACCAGUAUUUUCUAGUGAUUUGUAUUCAGUUGUUAUCCCAGAAACAAAACAUUCAGAGAUUUUUGUUUUGCAGGUCUUUGCAACAGACACAGAUAUUGAACAAAACAGUGAGGUUGUCUAUGUUGUUGAACCUCCAAAUGAAUUAUUUUGGGUAGACGCUUCUUCAGGAGAUGUUUUUUCAAAGCAGCCACUCCUUUUACACAAUUCUACUUUUGAAAUCUAUAACUUCACAAUUGUUGCAUUUGAUUUUGGCAGCAUUCCUCUGCACAGUAACACUACUGUUACAGUGAGAUUAGAACAACUGAACCUCCACCCUCCAAAGUUUUUGCCUUCUCCAGCACUGGUUUCCAUUCCAUAUGACCUAUUGGUGGGAACUGAAGUGGCCAAGUUUACUGCAACAGAUCUAGACGUCAAUAGCGGUGAUUAUAUUAAAUAUAAUGUCAGUGGAGGCAAUGCUUCUGAUUUCUUCUGGAUUCAAGCUGACAAUGGAAAGUUAUUUUUAAGUCAAACUUUAGAAGAACGUCAAAAUGAGUCACUUACUUUAUUAGUUGUGGUCAAAGAUCAGGGCUUUCCUCCUUUGAUCUCUGAGACUGAAAUCACCUUUGUAAUUACUGGGAAAAAUCACUUUUCUCCCAGGUUCAGUGAACCAGAAGUCACGUUCUCUGUCCCUGAAGACUUGCCUGUUGGAUCAGUGGCUGGGAAAAUCCAAGCAGAAGAUGGGGAUUACGGUCCCAAUGGUGUAAUUAAAUACCUCAUUAGUCCUGAAAAUCAAUAUUUUCCAGUCUCCAUUGGCGAAUUCUCUGGGCUGCUAACACUUACCAGAGAGCUUGACUUUGAAAAAGAAACCAGAUAUAAUCUGCAAAUCAAAGCAACAGAUGGUGGAUGGAUAGCUAAAUCUGCCUGGAUGAAUGUAACUCUGAUUGUUGUGGAUGUAAAUGACAAUCCACCUGUCUUUUCAUUGUCAGAGUAUACCACAACAGUGCCUGAAAAUUCAAAAGUCAGAACAAAGGUUCUAGAUAUAAAGGCCACCGAUAUCGACUCAGGAGUAAAUGCACAAAUAUCCUACUCUUUUAUUGCUGGCAGUUUUGAUAAAUUUGCAAUCGAUUCAAGAAAUGGGAGUAUCACUACUUUGGAUAUCUUUGAUUACGAGCAACAGCAGAUGUUUGAUUUAACAGUCAAAGCUUCAAACACCGCCAGACACAACUUGUUUGGUUUGGCUCAUGUUAUCAUCCACAUCCUGGACCUCAAUGAAUUUAGCCCAACCUUCACAAAAGAAAGUUUUAGCUUUUCAGUAUACAAAAAUGUUCCUGUUGGAACGUCAAUAGGAAAAGUGACGGCCACUGAUAAUGACAGUGGUCCUGAAGGUGAGGUGUUUUAUCUAAUGUUUGGCCAUGGCAAAAAUUUUGGCUUUGACAUUGACCCACUUUCUGGAGAGAUAUAUACAAGUCAUAGUUUGAGGGAUCAAGGAAACGGUAAAGUAAUUUUGAAAGUCUUGGCAAAAAACUCUGGUGUUAUUCAUGGAACAGACAUAGCUGAGACGUCUGUCAAUAUUAAUGUGAUUGAGACUAACGAUGCACCCUUGUUCACAUCCACAUGGUACGUGGCAGAUGUUAAAGAAGACACCCCAACUGGGACAUCUGUGUUAACUGUAAGUGCUUUGGACCUGGACUCUGCACUGAAUUGGGAUCGAUUCAUCUUUAGGAUUGAAGACGGAAACACAAACUCCUCUUUCUCCAUUGAUCCACUUAAUGGCAUUGUGUUAGUAAACUCUGAUCUUGACAGGGAACGCUGGCCAGUUUACAAUCUCACUGUCACAGCCACCGAUCAUGGUUCUCCCCCAGCCACUGGGACAACAAACGUCAUUGUGAACAUAGUUGAUGUUAAUGACAACGCCCCCCAACUCGUGACAAACAAGAUUCAAGUGAAGGAAAAUCAACCUGAAGGAACCAUAGUUGCCAGAUUAAAUGCAUUUGAUUUUGAUUUACCUCCAAAUCAAGGUCCUUUUACUUUUUGGCUAUCAAAUUUGUCAGCAGAAAGUGCUUUUAUUCUCACUCCGGAUGGAGUUUUACUCACCAGACUUGUUGUUGAUCGGGAGCAUGUCUCUGAAUAUCGAUUACUGGUGGUGGUAAAAGAUGCAGGGUUUCCUCUACCACUGUCUUCAACAACAACACUCCACAUUAGGGUGGAAGAUGAAAACGAUAACCCCCCGUUACCACGAAACAUCUUUAUUGAGGUGAAAUAUUUUGGCAGUUCUUUUAAUGGUGGCAUGAUUGGCAAUGUGCAUCCUGAGGAUCAUGAUGAGUCUGAUGCAUUCCUCUGUUCCAUUAGAAGUGGCCCGAUUAACAUGUUCAUGAUACCCAAUGGUACAUGUGAGCUAUGGUCAUCCCCCUUUCAGGGCGAGGCCACAUUCAAUGUCACAGUUGAAGCUACAGAUCAAGUUCAUUUUCCAGUAAAUAGCAGUAUCUAUGUGAACUACAAAGGUUUUACAAAUGCAUCUGUGGACAGUUGUAUUUUUUUCUACGUGGCCUCACGUUCAAUGGAAAACUUCUUGACCAAUAGGUAUUUGCGGUUUGUGAAAGCCUUGGAUAGUCUGUUCAACCUGCAGGCUUCAAAGACUCAUGUUUUUGGAAUCAAACAUAUUGGCAUGGAGAUACUACUACUUGCAGCAGUGAAAAACUACAAUGGACAAUAUCUAAGCAGAGAGGUAGCAAGUAGUAUAUCUGCUGGACAUAAGAAGUUACUGGAGUCCCAAAGCAAUAUGACAAUUUCUCACAUCACCAGUGAUCCAUGCCUCAUGAGCCCCUGUCAGAACGGGGCCACAUGCAACAAAAACAUUUACAUCAGCCAGGAGGUUGCUGUCCUGGAAAGCAUGGCUGUCAUCUUUGUGUCGCCACAGAAAGAGAUUUUUAAUUGUACCUGUUCGGUCGGGUUCAGCGGUUCACUCUGUGAAGAUGACAUUGAUGAAUGUGAGGCGAAUCCUUGUCAGAACAACAGCACAUGUGAAAACACUGCAGGAAGUUUCCGCUGUCACUGUCAGAGUGGCUUCUCUGGCUCAGUCUGCUCGGCUGAUGUGGACGAGUGCCUUAAGGUGAAGUGCCAAAAUGGUGGGACGUGUAUUCAGUCACAGGAGGGAUACCACUGCCAGUGUGCACCUGGAUUUGAAGGAGAACGGUGUGAACAGCUCAAAGAUCACUGCAGGUCUACACCAUGUUUUCAGGGAAGAUGCAUUAACCUACAAACAGGAUUCCUCUGUAUCUGUCCCUUUGGAGUCAGUGGUGUCCAUUGUGAGGAACCCAGUUAUGGCUUUGAAGAAAUGUCCUUUGUGGAGUUUCCCCCACUGGAUCGCAGGACUAAUUUAAUUUAUUUUGAGUUUGCAACAGUGCAGAGGGACUCCCUACUCCUGUACAAUUCAGGAACAUUAUCCAGCAGGGAGUUUUUUGCACUGGAGAUACUUGACAGCAGAGUACAACUCUCUUAUGACCUUGGCUCCGGACCUGUAAAGUUGCAGACGCAUAAGCAAGUUGCAGAUGGACAUUUUCACAGCGUUACUGUCAGAAGGAUUGGCAAUAUGGGGACUUUGCUUGUGGACAACUGUACAGAUGUUGUGAACAAUGGACUUUGUUUUUCAGAGUUUGAUGGCACUAUCUCAGAGAGGACUCUUGACGUUGGAAACACAAAUAUGACAUUUGGCGGACUGAGAAGCCUGGAAGUAAUUUUGCAACAUCCAAGUCCUAUAAAAACACAUGACUUUGUUGGGUGCAUUCGAAAUAUUCAGAUAAAUGGCAUCUUGCUGAGACCUUCUUCUGGCCUUGCAACUUAUAAUGUAUUCAACAGGUGUCCUCGAGCAGCAGUGUCAGGAUGCAACAGCUCCCCAUGCAAGAAUGGGGGCGUGUGUCAUGACCUUUGGUCUGAAUAUGUUUGUGAGUGCAAAACUCCCUUUAGAGGAAGAAACUGUGAUACAGAAAUAUCUGAAGAACUUGUAUUACACUUCAAGGGGAUUGAUUACAUUGAGUAUGUCAUUAAAGAGCGAUUUAAGAGAGACCUUCUGCUUAAAGACCUGCAGGAUGGUGCAAAACAGGAAGACACAACAAUCCAAACUGUCAUUACUGUCAAGUUCAAAACUAAAGAAGAUGGAACCCUGCUCUUUAUUCUUGGAAAAGGACAUGUUGUGUUGAUGGUAAGAGACGGACAACCUGUGUUCACUUCCAUUGAUCCUUUAGGACAUAUGUCAGAGUUUACAGUGGAGCUGUUAGUUGCUGAUGGUCUUUGGCACGUCCUGUCCUUAUCGACCAGUGGGAGUAACAAUUCACUGUAUGUUGAUGACAAAAUGGUCUUGAACAUUACCCAACAAAACAUGGACUUAAGACUUUUUAGUUUGGAAAAGAUCAUUCUUGCUGCCGCUCCACCAAGACAAAGAAAGCUCCAACAGUCAGGAUUUAGUGGAUGUGUGGAGUAUCUGAACGUUAGCGGUCAAAUUCUGCCCGUCAGCGGACACAGUUUAAUGGUGGAGGUCUGGCCGAGUUCGACUCUCCCGCAGUCCAGCUGCAGCUCUCCAGGUGUCUGCCUCUUCUCACCAUGCACUGAAGAGACCACCUUUUUGAGAACAUGUCUUUCAGACUGUCAGAACCGGAGGCCGUGCAGACCGGCAACGCGGGACAGGCCAUGCGUGUGUCUGCAGAAUGUCUCCAAUCAUUUUUGUGAUAUCUGCAUUUCCACUGUCAGUGAAGAGUGCUCAGAGAAACAGCACAACAGGCCUUUUUGGAUUAUAGCGGUGGUUCUCCCUCUGAUCUCCAUCCUGGUGAUUGUAUGCAUGUUUGCAGUUCUGUACAGAUUGAAACAGCGGGAUUCAGUUGUUAAAAAUGAGAACCUUACACAUGAAACAGGGCAAGAAACUGAAAACCCAACAAUUUGUUUUGAUGGCAAUCAGUUGCCGAAAGCUGGACUUUCAACCUCAAAAGGGAAACGUCUUGAUCGAAUAAGUCCAUGUCAGUCAGAUGAGAAGCUUAAUAGUUACGGACAGCUGAUGCUUCCGAGUGAGCUGGAGUAUUACGAGAUCGGCAGCAUCUGUAGUGCAUUUAAUUCUGACAACAACUCACCAAGGCUCAGCUGGCACAAGCAUUUAUGCACCACGAAACGUCUUAAAAGUGAUUCAAACCAGUGGGGGGAUCUGAGGAGGCUGCUAGGUAAUUCAAAGAAAGACAAUCCUGGUGAACAGAAAUGCCCUCCAAAGCAUCAAAAUAUUUCCUCAUUUCACAAACAGUCAUCGUGUCAGCUUGACGCAGAGCAGCAGAGGCAGAAUAUGUCCUGUCGUACAAAAGAGUUCCCACAGCCAGAGCUCCUGGAGCCAAUGCAGCCACUUAGCUUCGAAGAAAUUAGCAAACUGAAUGCUCCUCCUGAGCCAGCUUUUUCACAUCAAGCGCUUUUAGAGCCUGAACCCCUAGAGUCCACGAUGACAACAGAGACCUCAUCUGACUGUGAAACAGACAGCACGUUUACUUGCUCUGAGUCUGACUAUGACCACUUUAACAUCAUUACUGGCAAAACAUAUAGGCAUGAGCAGCCAUUCCCAUCAGAGUGCAGAAUAAGCCAGGAUGUCUUUGAACUAAAAUCCUCCUCCACUUUAAGUCAGGAUAUUUCCAAGACGGAUCCCUUUGCUAUGUUUGAACAAUGGGAAAAAAAUGUAAAUGUGCUCCUGACUUUUGGAAGCUACGCUGCAGUGUUUGAGGACAUUGCAGGUAUGCCCAUGGAGUUCAGUCACAGCGGUGAUAUGCAAAGUGAUGAGGAAGAAAUUAUUUGAAAGGUCAGAGCAGAUGAAGUAGUGGAUAUCUGAUUCACUAUAAUUUUCUACUGUAUUUAAAUCUCUAGGACAAAGUUGUCUUUCUGGUCAAUCGCAAAUAAGUUGUUUUCUUUUUGUAAUCUGCAUCUUCCAAGCUGCUGAUUUUAUGAAAUAUGAAAUCCUUCCACCUCUUUCAUCUUUUGCUUUUAUUACAUUCCCAUUCUGAAUAGUGCAUUGUUAAGAUAUGUAAUCCAGCGUUCAACUAUAUCAAAAUGGGUUAUAUUAUUUUCUCUUGCCCUAUACAUGCAGUCUUACUGUAUUUUUUCCUUUAUUUAGGGAUCAUCUGUCUGUGAUAGAAAACAUGAUGCUUGAUGAGUGCCCCCCCCCCGACCCCCCUGACUGGCAGCAUAUUAUAAACCAAAUUAUUCAGUAUCACAUUCUGUUUUCAGGUUUUCAGCAUCCCAAGGUGAAUGAGUCUUCAUCAGCUCAGACAAGUUGUUUGGACUGUUCUGCAUGAUAUAUAGAGAUAUUACUGGGUUAUUAUUGUGAUACUUGAGUAGCAGCUGUAUAGAGAUUUGUGUGUGGUAUACACAAUGAGCUCAUGCUGCUCAAUGCAAUGAUAUCCAGUAGAGUGAUGAGGAUUUUAUCUUGAAAGCUUUUCUGAUAAAACUUAAAUGAAAUCAUUUUUGAGAAAUA